UUUGCAUCCGCCCACCCCUUCGUGCUGCUUGCUGAUGACGUGGACCACGGACCUCUGCCCAUCACCUCAACUGCGACGCAACUCUCAUGAUCUGUUGAACUUGGGACGAUUCAUCAGUCUCGACCUCGACCUCCAGAUAACCUCACAGUCAGAUACACAGAGGAGACCUGGGACUCCUGACGUCGACCUCCAACAUGACUCGUGCCACUCUGACAUGCCUGUUGAUGGUCCUCCUGGGCUUGUCGGCCAUCUACACCGUCAGCGCGGCCAUCUUCCCAAGUAAAGGAGCCGUCAUGCCAAUGUCCGGCAAGACCUGGAAGAACAAGCUCAAGGAUGGGAACCUCGCGAUCGUUGCGUUCACCGCUCCAUGGUGCGGUCAUUGCAGAAACAUGGCACCCGAAUUCCAGAAGGCCGCCGAAUCCCUCUCCCCGCUCAUCCCGUUCUACAACGUCGACUGUGACGAAGCGGAGAACAAGGCACUCUGCGGGGCCGAGGACAUCAAAGGAUUCCCUACCGUCAAGGCCUACACUAAAUCGGGUAAAGGACGCGGGAGGACUUUCGAACGGGAGAGGAAGGCUGGACCUAUCAUCGAAUGGGCUUCGGAACAGGUCCCCGCUGGGAAGGUCAAGAAGCUCAGACAGGCUUCCGAGAUUACGCCUUGGAGAUCAGCUAAACCAGACCAACCACACGCUCUCUUGAUUCACCCGUCGAACCCUUCCUUGCCGCUCAUGUGGAAGGUACUCUCCGACCGACUCUCGGACAAGGUGCACUUCGGGUUCAUCAAGGACGAAAAGGCCGAAGCGAGGGAGGCGCUGGGGAUCCCCACCAAGGACAAGAAGGUGGAUGGGGUCAAGGUCGUUACCUGGUCCGUCGAUGGGGAGAAGCAUGUUUACUCUGCCGGCCCGCUCAAAUUCGAGCCCCUGUUGACCUACCUGCAGUCCAUCUCGAAAGGGAACGUCCCGGCUGGAAGUGAGAGCGACGAAGAGUUUGUCACCAUGUACGAGACCACCAUAAUCACUCAAACCGCAACGGACCCCGCUCCGCCCGCUCCCACUCCCACCGAGGACAAGGCCGCCAAGCUGAGGGAACAACAGGCUAAAUGGGCAGAAGAAGAGCGUCGCGAUCGGCUCAGGCGUGAGAAGCGGGAACAAGAACGAUUGGCACGGUUGUUCGAGGAGCAAGACCGGGUCACGGACGAGGACGAUGCGAUGGAAGAUUCUGGACCUCAGGUGGUCAACCGGGUUACACCCGCCGCUCAGCCUGAUGCGGCUCAAACUGCAGAGACGACGGUCGAGGCUGGUUCUGCCGGCGGAGGAGUGGCCGAGCCAGUGGUACCGAUGGAGCCAGAACAAGGCGAUGUCACCGCGGAAUACGUCCAGCCUACAGGCAGUGCUGAGCACGCAGCGGACCAGUCGGCUGAUACGCCGCUCGAAGCUGCAGCGGACGACUUUGAGCAUGGCGAGACCGAUGCUCCCGCACACAAGCACUCUGAUCAAUCGGCGGUUACGCCCCUGGAGGAGGAGGCAGAGGAGUUUGAGUCUGGACAGCAUGAAGCGGUUUGGAACGAGAGCCCUACGGAGGAGAGGGUCAAGGACGAGCUGUAGCGGCAGGGGGUAUCAUGUCAUAUCUCACAUCUUGCAUA